AUGGCGGAUCUCACCCAGCCAAUCAUACCCGCACCAGACGACUAUGUGGUAGAUCUCGAGAACCCACAACGACGAGGUGAAGCUAUUAUCCUCUGGAUUGGAAUCGUGGGAACGACCAUUUCCACGUUUCUGUUGGCUGUUCGAGCGUACACCAAAGUUGUGUUAGUUAAGGAACUGUCGUCUGACGACUCAUGCGAACCGUUUGCAAAGAACAUCGACGUGACUGUCACAGAAGGGCAAUGCUUGAACAAAGCGGCGUUGUACAUCGCUACUGGGGUACUGAACAUCAUCACAGAUAUCAUGGUCAUCAUCAUACCUAUACCCAUGGUUUUGCGACUGCACAUGUCGAAGGAGCGGAAGAUCAUGGUGAUAGGGAUUUUCGGUGUUGGCUCGAUGUAA